AUAUUUGACUAAAAGUAAGAAACAAACAUCCCGCAUAGCUAGCUAAUGCAUUAGACUUCGAAAUCUUAUUUAGAAAGUUACUAACUACAUUAUAACAUAUUUGCCAUUUUCAAAAAGACACCAGACCAGACUAGGCUGGUAUAUAGAAAGAAACAACAAAUUUAUUUAUAUUAGAGAACAUCAGGUGUUUGGUUUAUUUUUGUUAAAUUAAAAAGUUAAAACUUCUUAUCAAUCAUAAUGGAUGACUUGCAAUUCAAUAAGAACACAUUUCUUGAGAGUUAUUUAUUAAAGCAUCGUGAAUUAGGCAAACGUCAACGUGAAUACAAGAAAAUCCUGUCUGGUAAAUUGAAAUCACGCAAGGAAACAAUAAUCGAAUCCAGUUAUGAGAAUGCCAUUGACCAAUUGGAAGAGGAAAAGAAUGAAUUGCGAGCCCAGAUUUGGGUGGCAAGUGGUUCGACGCAUAAGAAGACAAAUGAUCGCUGUUUGGAUAUGAUCAAAUGUCAUGUUGAGUGUCAGGAGAAUCUAGCCUUGGAUAUAACAACGCUUAAGACAUCAAUUGGCAACAUGGAGAAGGAGAUUAGUCGUGUGGAUAAACAGAUAUACAAUCUGAAUCGUCUAACCGUGCCAGAUCAGCAGCAUCAGGCCCAUGUGGCUCACACGCGUAAGAAAAUGGUGAUUCUGGAGAAUGCCUUGGAGGUGGGUGUGCGGCAAGAGUGCGGUUUUACAGCAGCUAAUGCUGAGCUAAGGGAACAGCUCAUACGUAUUCUGAAUCAUCGUACUUUCUUCAAUGACUCCUACACAAAGAUGGUGCAAAAGUUGAACAGUGAUAAGAAAUAUCUUAUAGAUCUUAUCGAUUAUGCUCUAAAUACCUUUGACGGAUGCAUCGAUGUCUAUGAGAAAAUCGACAACAUUGCCAAACGAGAGGCCAAAGAGCGAGAACUUCGUAGGAUUGAGCUCCAAGGCAUUAUGCGUAAGGUGGCAGCUGAUGCGGAUAACACAGCAUUUCUCGAGUGUAAGGCAAAGCCACGCGAAUUGGCCGAUCUACAGCCCAAGGAGUAUAAGCGUCGCGAUGAGUUUCGGCGCAACCAUAAUAAAAAAAUUAAUCUCUAUAAUUCGGUGCUUCAGAAGAUUUUGGAAUAUACUGACUCUAGCAAUGUGGAGGAGGUUAUCGAGAAGUUUCAACAGCAGGAAAGUCUUUACUACUCUUUCUUCAAUUAUGCCAAUGAAAUGAGCUAUCAUAUUACAUUGUUAAAUAACUCGGUUAAUCGUUUGUUUGAGGAUAUCAUAUCUUUAAAGCGCGACAAUUCCAAUUCAUUGCAAGAACAACUCGAACUGAUAUCCAGCCUUGAAAACGAAGUGAAACACAAGCAGGAAUCGAAUAUGGAACUCUUAAGAAUUCGCGAAAACAACGAUGCCCGUCUGGAGAAUCUUUUACAGGGUGUGGAAACGCUUUGUGAAAUGUGCUCAAUAGAUGCCACGCCGCUUGCUGGCCUCCUUGGCGAUCAUACACACGUUAAUUUGGUUAAUGUUGCAAGAUUUCUGAAAUUGCUUGAAGUUCGAGUACAGGAGCUAACAGCAAGUGUCUACGUACUAGAGCGACAAGAUGAGGGUAGAGUGGACUAUGUGGUUAAACAGAUUGAGAAGAUCUGCGAGGCGCCCACCGAUCUCGAUGAUAUUGUGCUCACACAACAGUGUCCGGAAUGUGCGGAGGGAGAAGCCUUCAAUAUGGAUGAUGGAGGAGAUGGUGUUGUUAUUCAUACCGUUGCCGAGGCCAAGAAGAAACUAUACGAAAAGAUCACACAGCCGGAGAUGCAAUAUCGUUUGCAUAGCAUCAGCCAAUGCCGUUUGCCAAGAUCUCGUUUAUUGGCUGCAAAACGAAAUAUGUAGAAUACAAAUAAAUAUAUGUAUCUCCCAAGAAA